GCCUUGGUCACCUUCGCUCACGCCCGCUCACGGAGACGAUAUAAUCGAGCCACGCCCCAGGAGAAGCGGUCUUGGAGUCCGUCAUCCUGCCAAGCUCCCUCCAGCCCCCUCGACCAGCCUCUUAAUCAUCGUCCACAUCGUCCUGUUGUUCACCUUCCCCCGCCCCAUUAUCAUCUACUCGUCUUGCUGAAUCGCAAUGCCUGGACAUCAGAACACCGUCUUCCUCAGCACCCUCGUCCUGGGUACGGCUGUCGCCGCCGGCGUCGCCUACUACAUUCACACCCAGCCCAAGCGAAAAGUGAUUGUCCAAGCCCCCAGAAGCAUUCCCGACGCCCCAAGCUUGGAGCCGUCGCUGACAAACCCUGCCCUUAUCGAUCGUGACAGACUGUACACGGACCGCCUCUACCGAUUCCAGUACCUGUGCAGCUUUGCCGACUUUGACGACUCGGAUAUUGCUGCCAUCAAGGCCUCGGCCCCGCUGAUUGCGCCGUUGGUUCCGACCAUUGUCGAUGCCGUGUACGAGCGCCUCUUUUCCUUUGAUAUCACAAAGUCCUCCUUCACCCAGAAGAACGAGGGCUUUGAGGGCGAGGUUUCCGACCUGGAUCACCUCACCCUGGACCACGAGCAGAUCAAAUUCCGCAAGAACCACCUGAAAGGCUAUCUUGUCAAGCUCGUCAGCGCGGAGUACGAUGCCAAGUUUGUCAACUACCUGGACUGGGUUGGCCGCAUCCAUGUCCGCAACCAGCUCAAGGCCUCCAAAAUCAACGUCGAGUACGUCCACAUCAACGCCCUGUUUGCUUUCCUGCACGGUUUCCUGGCAGAGACACUCUCGAACCUCCCCGACCUGCAGCGCAACCCCAAGGUCCGCACCAAGACCCUGGCGGCGUUCUCGAAGCUGUUGUGGAUCCAGAACGACUUUUUCGUCAAGUACUACGUCAAGGACGGCCGCGAUCUGAUCGAGUCUGCUCCUGAAAACCAAGUUCGCUCUGUCUAA